GCUGCAUACUGAGCAUAGGCGGCGAGAUAAAAAACUGACUCCAAGAGUUUGCGGCGCGCAAGCUGGCGUGGAUCUGGCAAAUGAGAUGCCAGGGAGCUUGCAGGAAACAGGCGCGAAGGAUUCGAUCUCCUUUGAGCCGGCGAAUAGAACAAGCUAUGCACUGGCGCUUAUCACCAGAGUUAUGAAUCUAGACCAUCCACAAACAGGGAGUCUAGAGUCGGCAGAUGAUGGAGUGGGCAAAAUGGUCGGCGAGUAGGAUGGCAGACGGAAUUGAGGUCUGGGAGGCUGGGAGAGGUGACCCGGCCCAUGAUGUCUUGACACGGAGACGGUGGUGGUGAGGGUCGACGACCGGGCCGCGGCCCAACGUUGUACUGGCUGGAGGCGCGCGCUGUAUGACAGUCGGGUACGGACUGGGGCCGGAGCAGAGCCCCUCCAAGUGUAUCGGAGGCAAGCAGAAGAGAUGGCCGGCCACGUACCCGCUCCUCAUAGUUGAUGCUUGGGGGUAGAUUGCGUGCAUGGGUCUGCAAUUCUCCGGGUCGCUGACGGCCAACGGCGUGGUGGAAGCCAGGUCCAAUGGCCGGCAUGCUUCAUAUGGCGCGCGCUCUGGGAUCUGGCGAGAUCUGGUUGCUGGGCCAGGUGGCUUGAAAUAGGACGUAUGGUGGUCCUUUGAUGGAGAGCGCUUGAGAAGAGAUGGAAAGAUAGGCUCAAAUCGAUCGAGGGAGUGUCGAGAGUUGAGGCGCUGAACGGUGCCGCGCGCGGAGUGAAGCAGGAAUUGAAUUUCAAAAAACGAAUUUUAACUAUUUGUUUUUGUUUUUCUCUUGACUUUGGGCGACUAAGUCGAUGUCAAGCAAAUCGCGAAUGGAGACAGGCGCUUGAAAGAUGGAUCGCGAGGCCGAGUACCUCAGGUAGACCAGAAACUUGUAUGGAAGGACUGCUGGAUAAAACGGUGGCUCAAUCCGGUCGACAGUGAUGCUGAAAAAAUAGAAGGAAGCUCGUGAUCAUUCAGCUCUUCCUUCCCUUUCCCUUCUCAUCACUCGAAAGCCCCCAAAUCAAGAAGUCGAGAGCCAAGCGCUUUCCUUCCCUCCUUCCUUCCAACACCAACCAACACCGACACCAGAACCAACAAGGCAAUCACACUCGGCUCACACCCUUCCUUAGGUUCCUGCCUCAUUGCAAAAUUCUUGUCCUCCUCCCAGGUCCAGGUCUCUUGCCUCACACCACAGACCGAGGCAUCUUCUUCACCUUGACAUCCACCUCAUUCAUCUCAUAUCAUCAGGUGCACUCAUCAUCCACUGGUUGCAUCCUGCUUCCCCUGUUCAGCUGUCAAUCCCGUCCGUAUUCAUUGCGGCAUCAAUCAGUUCCGGCGCCUUUCCUCGGACCCACUGUCAUCACGAGGUCUGACGACGCUUGACGACGUCUUUUUCUCGUCUUUGCCUCUUGAUUCCUCUUUUGCCCACCCCGGCUUCAUCGUCAUCGGACCGAGACGUCUUUUCUUGUGUCCCGUCUUUGUUAGCUUCGAAUCUUCCGGACCAUCCAACGAGAUUCUUGCUCCGCCUCGCCACUCAUCACCAUCGGGACCGGUUCUCGACACAUCUUCCCGGCAGAAGACUCAUCUGCAAGAUCUGGUGGACGACGUGGGGAUUUACAGGUGAGAAAGCGCCCUCGGCCAGCGUCCAAUCACCAGUCAUAGACACACAGCACUAAGAAUAGCCAGCUCAACCGCGGAACAUCCUCCGGACGGCUGCCCCGGCCGACUCUUGUCUUCCCACUGCAAUUCCGCCUCUUUGACUGGCUACAGUGCUUCUCUGCUAGCGCCCAUAAGCAGCCCCGUUGGACCCAGCGACGGACAGCCCGCAACUGCACGACACCUCACCGCGAGCCUCUUCCAAGAGCCAAUCACGCCUCUGUAUCAGCCUUUCAGACCAGAAAUCGAGGCCUCUCCACGCCGGGUCACUGCCUUCUUGAUUCUUGCUAGCUCAGGUAGCUUCGCAUUCGAGUUACUCGCCCUCUACGAUCGCUUGUCUUUGCUUCUCUACGGCAUUCUGUCUCUGUCUCUGUUGCCUCUCCUACCAUCCACCGUCUGAGGUGGCUUUGCAUCCCGCUCUCCACUUACACGGCGCAUCACCUCCACCCAGUGCUGCGAGUCUUUGUAGCCUCCGCUUUUGGGACGAUACUAGAUACCUAUUCACUGGACGACUACGACUUACAGGUGCCGGUUACCUUUGAUAGCCAACCAAUCCUAAUCGACGAGACAUCCGUACAAAGCAACAUCGUCAUUGCACUACGCCACUACCUGAGCCUGCCUUAGUUGACUUGCUACCCGACACCCGACUAAUACCUUGGUCCAAGGCUCAUCCAAUAAUCACACAUUCAUCACAUUUACCGGGCGAGAGGCCACGAGGCAUCCACGAUCGCGCGACGGGACAAACGGUGAUCCCAGCCAUCCGCCGAACGCCAACCGCUUCCUCAAACCAAGCCACUCCCAUUGGCUUGUCGUCUUUAGACGCAAACAACCGGAACAAAAAAAACAAGACGAGCCAGUCUACCUUAUUGCAUCACAGCCAACGGCAGCUUCGGGCACCGCAGCAAAGCACGGGACGAAGGCCAACCGCUGUGUCAGUCACAACCCAGAACAAAAUUUGCCCGCUUUCUUUUGGCGUGCAACGAGCCGGUUCGUCCAAAGAAGGGACGCCAAUAGAGGCAAAUUAAUUGCUGCGGCAGCAGUUCAUCGACCCCCUUGUCCGCUUUGGCUCUUUCACUGCCCUGACAGGCCCCGUUCCCGUCUCUGUCCAGUCUCUCUGUUUCGCUGUCUCCUGCAGCAGGCUCAGCACGCACUAAGGCAGUGAACACCACACACCACACGCGCCCGCGCAACGAAUCAGACCGUCGUGUGUUGAAGCUCCACGACCAAUCCCAGCUCAUCCACCCGCUGCUUCCCUGCCGCUUUAGAGAUACCCCGGUCAACCUCAGUCUCUCUCGACUCCCGCGUCCGCUCCUCUCGAUUACUGUCCCCGUCCUCCCCACCACCACGCUCUCGCUCUUGUUCGUGUCUACCGCUCUCCUCGACGCUCCCGCCGCGCGCCACUGCUUUCCUCUCGUUGGACCAUCUGUAUCCGCUGUCACCAACACAUCACGACUCCUCUUCACCUCACAGAAUCCUUCACGCGCUACCGCAGCCUUUUGGUGCAGGCUUUACAUCCUCUCUGUUGUUUGUUUCUCUUCAAGCCAUCCACCCCUCCCCCUCGUCCGCGGCAUCUCAUCACCAGACGCCCCCUUCUUCACCCCUCUCACAACUCUGCACCUCCCUUGUCCAGCCUGCCGACCUGGAAAGACUGACAUUUUGUCUGCCUGCUUGUCUUCCCGCCCAAACUCGAAACCUCUUCCUGGCGAAUAGCACUGGCUUGUUAUUGCCCACCUGUUCAAGCCCCCAGCAACCCCAGACCAGACUUCCGGGAGCACAUCAGCUUCCUAAAACCUUCCAUUCUCCUUGCCGCCGUCAGAGCUUGACCUCGCACUGCAGUCCUCUUUCCGGCUCACUUACACUACGACCGCACACAUACACAAGCGCCCACCGCAUUCUCUUCGAAAUAAUAUAACGUCCACCCACCCUCGCAACUACCGGUCUUCUCUCUCCCUUCUCUCCCCAGGCGACUUGUCUCUGCAGCUCGUAGGCAGCCUGACUUCCUCCUCUCUCACCACGUCAGAGUCAUUUAGUUGACUGGACACCUCUCUCCACGCACACAUUCGCUACUACCUCACUCUUCUCCCGCCUCUCCUUCCGCCUCAAGCCAUCAUGCCCGUCAACAGACCCAAGUUGGCCCAGCUGGCCACGCCCGUCACCAGCACUUUCCCCUCGGAAAAUAUGUUCUCGGCUUCGACUCCGCUCUCUGCCAGACCCAUGUCUUGCAAGGACCUUCCCAUCAAGACACCCAUCAGCCCGCCAACCGCCUACACGGAUUUCCUCAAGGCCAUGUCUCUCAACUCACCGGCUGCUUUCAAGCCAUCAACCUCUGGCGAGACUACGCCCGAGUCCACGCCGGACUCAUUGCCUUCCACCGCCACCAGCGAGCAGACCGAUAUCUCUUGCAAGUGUGAACACGAGCAUAAAGCUCCGGCUACGGCACCAGCCAUCCCGCCAAGCCCAUUCACACAUCUGCCAAUGUCAGCACCUCCCACCGGUGCGAAUUCUUUCCCGAGCCUCAAGAUCCCGCCCUCUCCAGCAGUAUCGCACCUGGACUCACCAAUGAGCGCACGGUCACCCUUCAGCGCCAGAUCGGUUCACUCAGUAUUCGAUUGGGACGCAGCACUCAAGGCCAAGAGGUUGAAUGAUUCAAAGAAGCCCUCGAGAACUAGCGUGCGUCACAUCCGCGAGGUGGUCACGCGGACAGUAACUUACACGCCGAGGAUGAACCCCGCGCCAAAGGGCAAGAGGAGGAAGGUGGAAUGAGCAUCUGGACCAAAGCAAACGCAAUCCACUUUAACCUAGCACAACAUCGGCACUACAUAUCCCGAUCUAUCUUCUUUUUUGUUCUACCUACCUUCACCAUCACCAUCACCAUCGCCUCAACAACGUUACCUUCAGCAAAAACGCAGUACAAUUUGACGACCUAGGCCUAGCGCCACAAAAAAGAGAAGCAAGACAUGUGAUGAAGCAGGCUCUUCCCACGUAGGGACUUAACCACGAUAUGACUUAACGGAAGUAACUUGGCGCACACAAACUGGCGCACACCAUGAUAUGGAGGCAAACAUGAGGGUGAAAUCACUGAUUGGUUCAUCUCAAGGAAUAUGUUGCGAAAGAGAGGAGGGAAAUGGUUGGUCUUUUGUUUCGAAUCAUCUACCGGUCCUUGAUUGGGACUGGGCCAAACGGAGUUCUUUGGCGUCUCUACGAUGCUCAUGUUCGAUACCAGGAACUAUUUGGGUGGGCGGACUUGAUUAUCUGAAUGGGAGGGAAAGGUUGAAUGCGUCUUGGAAUUUUUUGGAAGACGAUGAAGGGGGUUGGGCAAGAAUACCUACUACACAGCGAACCAGGUAGCCUAAUAUCAGCAUCCUGUGUAUAUCUUAACCUAACUGCAUUGCGUCUCUCGAGGACAACUCUUUCAC